AUGGAAGUGAAAGAGGAGAGAGAAGAACUGAGAGAAGUGAAGGAGGAGAGAGAAGAACUGAGAGAAGUGGAGGAGGAACAUCAUGUCCAACCUGGAGGAAAACCCUUGAGUCGCUCAAAGACUAAAAGUUCAUUUUUAAAGAAAAGACGAGCAAAGAAAUCUUUCACCUGCACUCAGUGUGGAAACAGUUUCACAAUCCAAGCUAGUCUUGAGCGUCACAUGAUGAUCCACACUGGAGAGAAGCCGUUCUCAUGUGAUCAGUGCGGGAAGAGUUUCAGUCUAUCUUCACACCUUAAUGUUCACAUGAGGAUUCAUACUAGAGAACAACCUUACAAGUGUUCACACUGUGACAAGAGAUUCAGUCAAUCAGCACAUCUGAAAGCACAUGAGAGGAGCCACACUGGAGAACAACCUUACAAGUGUUCACACUGUGACAAGAGAUUCAGUCAAUCAGCAAAUCUGAAAACACAUGAGAUGAUCCACACUGGAGAAAAACCUUACAAGUGUUCGCACUGUAAAAAGAGAUUCAGUCAGUUAUCAUCUCUGAAAACGCAUGAGAGGAUCCACACUGGAGAACAACCUUACAAGUGUUCACACUGUGACAAGAGAUUCAGUCUGUCAUCAUCUCUGAAAACACAUGAGAUGAUCCACACUGGAGAAAAACCUUACAAGUGUUCACACUGCGACAAGAGAUUCGGUCGAUCAACACAUCUGAAAACACAUGAGAGGAUCCACACUGGAGAACAACCUUACAAGUGUUCACACUGCGACAAGAGAUUCAGUGAGUCAUCAUCUUUGAAAACACAUGAGAUGAUCCACACUGGAGAAAAACCUCACAAGUGUUCACACUGCGACAAGAGAUUCGGUCGAUCAACACAUCUGAAAACACAUGAGAUGAUCCACACUGGAGAAAAACCUUACAAGUGUUCACACUGUGACAAGAGAUUCAGUCUGUCAUCAUCUCUUAAAACACAUGAGAGGAUCCACACUGGAGAAAAACCUUACAACUGUUCACACUGUGAAAAGAGAUUUGGUCGAUCAUCACAUCUGAAAACACAUGAGAGGAUCCACACUGGAGAGAAGCCGCACACGUGUGAUCAGUGCGGGUCGAGUUUCUCUAUUAAAAGUAGCCUGAAGCAACACAAGAAUAUCCACACAGUGGAGAAACCACUUAAACACACCAAGAAAUCUUUCACCUGCACUCAGUGUGGAAACAGUUUCACAACCAAAGCUAAUCUUGAGAUUCACAUGAGGAUCCACACCGGAGAGAAGCCGUUCAAAUGUGAUCAGUGCGGGAAGAGUUUCAGUCUAUCUUCAUCCCUUAAUGAUCACAUGAGGAUCCACACCGGAGAGAAGCCGUUCACAUGUGAUCAGUGUGGGAAGAGAUUCAGUCGAUCAUCAAACCUUAAUGUUCACAUGAGGAUCCACACCGGAGUGAAGCCGUUCUCAUGUGAUCAAUGCGGACAGACAUUUCUCAGUGCAUCACACCUGAAGACACACCUGAGAGUUCAUACAAAGGAGAAGCCGUAUUCAUGUUCUGUCUGUGGAAAGAGUUUUUCACAGCUGCCAACUUUACAUAGACAUGAAAAAACUCACACUGGUGUGAGAGAGUACAUGUGCUUUGAGUGUGAGAAGACUUUUACUACAGCGGACAGUUUAAAACACCACGAGAGAAUUCACACUGGAGAAAAACCUUACAAGUGUUCACACUGCGACAAGAGAUUCAGUCAGUCGUCAUCUCUCAAAACACAUCAGAGGAUCCACACUGGAGAACAACCUUACAAGUGUUCACACUGCAACAAGAGAUUCAGUCAUUCAGGACAUUUGAAAACACAUGAGAUGAUCCACACUGGGGAAAAACCUUACAAGUGUUCACACUGUGACAAGAGAUUCAGUCGUUCAUCAUCUCUGAAAAAACAUGAGAUGAUCCACACUAGAGAACAACCUUACAAGUGUUCACACUGUGACAAGAUAUUCAGUCGGUCAGAACAUCUGAAAACCCAUGAGAGGAUCCACACUGGACAGAAGCCGCACAUGUGUGAUCAGUGAUGUAAAUUAGCCCUGUGGCUAUAAUCCGACAUGUUUACGUCUGUUUUGUUGUCUCAAUUCAGAAAGUUAUUAAUGUGCACUGUCCCUAUCAAAUAAAUAAAUAAAUAAAAAAAUAAAAAGUGUGAGUCGAGUUUCUCUAUUAAAACUCACCUGAAGCUACACAUGAAGAGCCACACAGUGGAGAAACCACUUAAACACAGUCUGAAAUCACGGUAGGUAUGUAAGUUUCUUCUG